CUGCUCUCGAGCUUCGACCGCCAACCGCUCCACCUCGUCCCCGUGCAUGCUGCGCACCGCAACCGGCCUCACCUCCCACCUGCGCCCCUCGACCAUCACCACCACCACCCGCACCAUGGCCAGUACCAGCACGCCCAAGCCCCAACCGCUCGCCGCCGUCCACAACCACGAGACGUACCUCUCGCAGGGCAUCCCCUCGGCCGCCUCGCUCGACCGGGACCCGCUCGCCCAGUUCUCGCGCUGGUUCAAGCUCGCACAGAGCCAGCCCGACAAGGUCCCCGAGCCCGAGGCCAUGAGCAUCUCGACCGUCGACCCGAACCGACCCGUACCCUCGACCCGCGUCGUCCUCCUCAAGCAGGUCGACGACCGCGGCUUUGUCUUCUACACCAACUAUGCCUCGCGCAAGGGCCGCGAGCUGUUCCCCAACCACCAGGACUACGACGCCGACGCCGACACCCCGCCCGAGAGCGCCGAGGGCGCCUACGCCUCUCUCGCCUUUUACUGGCGCGCGCUGCACCUCAGCGUGCGCGUCGUCGGCCGCGCCGAGAAGCUCGACCGCGCGACGACCCAGGCCUACUUUGACUCGCGCCCGGUCGGGAGCCGCAUCGGCGCGUGGGCGUCCGAGCAGAGCGGCGUCCUGCCGACCGGCACGCGCGACGAGCUUGAGCGCCGCGUGAGGGACGUCGAGCGGCGCUUUGGCGUCCCCGAGGGCACCGCGACGGGCUCGGCCGUCGUCGACGCUGGUCCGCCCGGGCCCGGUCCUGGCGGUGACGAGGGCAAGGACCUCGACAAGGACCCGCAGAUCCCGGUCCCGCCGUUCUGGGGCGGCGUGCGCAUCGUCCCGUUCGAGGUCGAGUUCUGGGCCGGGCGCGAGAGUCGCCUCCAUGACCGGUACCGGUACACGCGGCGCGAGGGCGCCGACGAGGGCGAGCCGUGGACCGUCGAGCGCCUGUGCCCGUGAGCGAGCGAGCGAGCGCAGGAGGGCAGUUUGUUGCAAUGACUGGGUCGUCCCUCGAGCAGGGCGCGGG